AUGCAAACGCUAAGGGACUGCCCAGCAGGCGAGGCAGAAAGGCCUCUGCUGGAUGUACUCCAGGGUGAGGACGCAAGCCAACCAAACGUAGUAAAAGCGAUAUUAGGUGCGGACAGCGAUGCGGUCAUGAACAAAAAAAAAGAAGAGGGGGAAAAGGCCAGGAAGCUUUGCACCGAAGACCCCGCGACGGUCAAAGAAACAGCAGCCUUGUCGCAUAAAUGCGUGAAACCACCUAAAAAGUCACCAAAUCCUCGUCACCUAAAAAGAGCCCAAGCGGGGAAGCAGUUUCAGGCGUCCAUGCGCAAUGUAAAAAAAACCGCCGCCCAUGGACACUCACAUUGCCAGCGGGCUCGCGAGUGCAUUGCUUGCCUUUCAAGAAUUGGCUUUAUACAAUUUGUACCGAAUAUCGCGUACAUCGUACGUGCUACAAUGCUGUUUCCACAUCAGCUAUUUAUGAUAAGAAAGAUCUAG